UAUUGAUACUUUGCUGUAUCAUGUCAGACUAUUUUCAGUGUUCUGCAGCAGGAGAAUGCAUGUACUCAUCCGCACUUAAUAAUUGAAGUUGCAGAUUCACUGAUGACUGUUGAGCAGUAUGAAUCUGCACUGAAGUACUAUACGAUGUUAGACGGAGAUGGAAAUAAGUAUAAUGGGUAUCUACAUCUGAAAAUUGCCAAGUGUUAUGUUUCUCUGAGGAAAAGAGUACAAGCAAUCGAAUAUUUCUACAGAGCUAUUCAUCAACUUGAUGACAGUGUUGAUGCUCGGUUAACUCUAUCGUCUCUUCUCCUUGAAGAAGGUAGAGAUGAUGAAGCCAUUUCUGUGCUGUCUCCUCAAAUGGAAUCAGAAUCAGCACUUGAGCCAACUUCACGCAUAUCUAGACAAUGGUGGCUUAAUGGAAAGAUAAAGUUAAAGCUUUCACAAAUUUAUAAAGCUAAAGGGUCCUUUGAGGCUUUUGUGGAUGUGAUUUUUCCCGUAAUUCGUGAGACAUUGUUUCUUGAAACUUACCAACAGAAGGAAGACAAGGAUGACGUUUCAGAGGAUUAA